AUUGAAAUUUUAAAACAAAACUGAAUUUUUAUUACAGAUUUGAGGUCCAAAUGCCAACACCAUGAAAAAAAAGAAACAAAAGACAUAAAGAAAACUUAAAAUACACAUAACAAAAUUAAAAAAUGAAUAAAUAAAUAAAUAAAUAUUACAGAUUGGGGACCUGUAAUGAAGAUUUCUGAUGUUGAUGACAAUUGGAAAGAUUUAAUUAUUCAAAGCGUUAAGACAAAAACAAUUAGUGUGGAAGACAUUAAAAUAUAAUGAAAUAAAAAAUAUGUAUAUAUAAUAACGAUUACUUUAGUUUUGUAUUUCGUCACACUGCACAAAUAAAACCACCACACAAUUUCACUGUUUAUUUAAUGGAUUUCAUUGGGCUACCACUCCACGCCACGCCACCAGGGGGAGACUGUUUUGUUUUUACGUCGAAUUCUGUCAUUUUCUGGUAGCAGGUUUGUUGUUAAAGGAAGUAGUUCUCCCUCCCUCUAAAAGUUAUUUAGCAAUAAAUAAUCUUCACCGAGAAAAGGACAUUAUGAAAGUUAGAUUGUGCGUAUAAUAAUUUCAUUCGAGUUUGACGCUUACCGCUACGCUAAAGGGUAGAACGGUUAAUGGACAUUACACCUAAAUCGACCUUAAAUGCUGUUUUGAGAGUCAAAGCUCACGAUAAGCAGUUAUGAACGAGAAUUUUGACCGUGCUCCGGGAGCAGGGAGAAGCCGCAACCCAGCAGCAGACCCCGGGGUCAUGGCUAACAUCGGACACGAUGACAGCAAAAGCAUGUUUCUGAACCAACUGGAGCCGCUGAGACAGCCCCGAACCACACCGCCUGUUGCGGAAAACAGCGUCGGUGCACCAGGAGACUGUCAAAACCAAAGCAAACCCCCACAAAAUGUGACUGCCAACAACGUGGCGAACUCCAGAGAGUAUUAUGACGUCAAUUUCCUGGUCCAGUCAUCAAACCUGUCUGCUAGUGCUCCAGAAUUUGUCCCCUUUGGAAUGAACCCUCACGAGGACCCCGGUUUGUCUAACAACAGUGAAGACUAUUACGGCGAGCCACCUCUGGCUGAAAUGGUCACAGAGUUCCUGGCUCACCUGAGCUCCUCUCCAGGAUCCUUUGACUCAGAUAUCGAAUACAUGACUGGAGUGUUCAACUCCUGUGUUACCACUGAGGAGCUGCUGCAGGAGCUGGUGGAGCUGGUUUACACGCAGUCUACUGCCAUUCCAAACUUCUCUUACACUGGAGCCCGGCUCUGUAACUACCUGUCCCAUCACCUGACCAUCAGCCCGCAGAGCGGCAACUUUCGUCAGCUGCUCCUAAAACGGUGCAGAACAGAGUAUGAACAAAGAGACGCGGCCGUCCGAGGAGAUCCAGACACUCAAAAGAAGUUUCACUCCUUUGUGCUUUUCCUGGGAGAACUCUACUUAAAUCUAGAGAUAAAAAAUCCAAAAGGACCUCCAAAAAGAGCUGAAAUCCUUCUCUCCGGCCUGAAGGACCUGCUGCUCAGUCUGUUGUCCAAUCCUGUGAAUUCAAAUCUCAUCUGUGCGGUCAAACUGCUCAAGUUGACGGGGUCUGUCUUGGACGAUGCGUGGAGAGAAAGUGGAAAACCGCACAUGGAAGAACUGAUCCAGAGAAUAGAAACUAUUCUACUGGAUGCGAAAUGUGACAGGGAUGUGAGACAGAUGCUGCUGAAGCUCGUAGAGCUCAGAUCCAGUGAUUGGGGGCGUGUCCAUGCUGCUGCUGCAGCCAGUAACGCCACGCCGGACAACGACCCCAACUAUUUCAUGAAUGAACCCACGUUCUACACAGAAGACGGGACGCCGUUCACAGCCGCUGAUCCAGAAUACGCAGAAAAAUACCAGGAGCUCCUCGAGAGGCAAGACUAUUUUCACGACUUUUAUGGGGAGAAUGGAAACGAGGGAUACGACUUUGAGGACGAGAUGGGCCCGGAGAUGGAAGAAGCUUUCGAGAGUUUUUGUUUAGAAUCCGAGAGGAAACGACAGCAACGCUUGUGAGGCCGCCUGUCUCACUCAUCCCACUCUAUCCCACUCGUCUUCUCAAAAAACAAGCAAAGCAUCCGACGGGCUUCAGUUUUACCGGGAACGAGCCUUCUAACAAAGAAAUGUUUAUAGUUGCACUUCUGUCACUUUCUCAGUUAGAGUUCAUAGAAAACGGGACAAUCGGCUCUGGAGGCGACGCUUCCUCUCGUUCCAGUCUGAAAGUUUCCCUCUUGUUGCUUGGAGUUCUUCUCUCUUUUAACCAGGAAGCAUGGAGGACAUGAUGUGCGGUGGAUUUCAGUUGUUUUAUUUUCUGAAGAGCUUUUAGUUGAGUUAAACAUGUCAUUACUCAGGCUCAAACCACGUUAUUUUCCAUACAUUUUGUUCUCCCCUUAAUUAUAUACAACAUCAUUACACUAGCAUUUACAAAAAUAAAAGCCAAAAGUUGUGCAGUCGGAGGUGUUGUGUCAAACAAAUAUUCACAUUUUCUCUCUGAGAUAAAACAUUUUAAUAGAUUUCUAAGACUGAUGAACAGUUCAAAACUUAGAAGUUCAUAUUUUUAAAGGCAGUAUUUUUUUUUCUUCAGCAUCUCCAGUAAAUUAACUUCAGAAUUUGAGGUUUAGUACGCCGCAGACUGAGACUGUUCACCGACGACCCAUCAACCCGAUAUCAGCGAAUGUUGUUUUAUAGUUUGUAAAUAUUAUUUAUAGAAUCAUUUGCCUGCAAUAAAUUCUUAACGUGA